CCUGCUACGUGGAUGCCUUAAUGAAGGUGACAGAACGUUAUUAACUAAAGAACUGAAGAAGUUAUGCACGAAUCCAAGAUGUAGGUUGCUCUUUGAGAAAACCAAGAAAGAGGCGAAAGAAGCAAAUCAUAAGAUGUUAACAGAGCUCGAAAAGCAAAAACAUGAAUUAAAGAAAGUAAGAGAGGAAGACAGAGCAAAAUCUGAGAAAGAGAAGCGCUCAUUGGCAGCAGAAAUGAGGAAGAAACUGGAGUCUAAGCAACAGCAUGUAGACACUUUGAUGGAAACCGUGGGGGUGAAAGAGCGAAAUGAGACGUCUCUUACACAACAAGUUGAGGAGUUAAAGGAAGGGAGAGAGGAAGACAGUGCAAGAGCUGAAGAAGAGAAGCGCUCAUUGGUAGCCUCAAUGACAAAGAAACUCGACUCCAAGCAACAGCAUGUAGACACUUUGACGGAAGCCGUAAGGGAGAAAGAGCAAAAUGAGACGACUCUAACACAACAAGUUGAGGAGUUAAAGAAAGGAAGAGAGGAUGACAGAGCAGAAGCUGAAAAGGAUAGAGGAAGAUCUGAGGAAGCAAAGCGCUCAUUGGCAGAAGAAAUGAGAAAGAAACUCGAUUCUAAGCAACAGCUUAUAGACACUUUGACAGAAAUCGUAGGGGAGAAAGAGCGAAAUGAGACGACUCUGACACAACAAGUUAAGGAGCUAAAGAAAGUAGGAGAAGAAAACCGUGCAAAAGCUGAGAAAGAGAAGCGCUCAUUGGCAGCAGAUAUGACGAAGAAACUGGACUCUAAGCAACAGCAUGUAGACACUUUGAUAGAAACCGUAGGGGAGAAAGAACGAAAUGAGACGACUCUAAGCAAGCAAGUUGAAGAGCUAAGGAAAGGAAGAGACAGAGACAGAGGUCGAUUUGAGAAGGACAAACGGUCAAUAGAAUUAAGCUGGAAGAAGGAGCAUGACUACAAAGAACGUUUGGAGCAACUUCAGCGUGAGACCUGGAAGCUGAGAACUAAAAUUCAACUAGAAAGUGAGAUACGAUCAGCAGAGCAGAAGAAGAAAGCAGAGUCACAUCAAUGGAGUUUCAUUCCUUGGGUGAAUUCUGGAAAACAAGCUCAGGGUGGCCCUUCAUCACUUGAGGAUAAUUCAACUGGAGGACUUGGAACGAGUGAUUCAAUACAAGCAGGAGAGGAGCCCCCAGAUGAUAAGUUUGCGGGCAUAUUACAGCAGAUAGCUGACGAUCUAUACGAUGAAGCCAAGAUCGACAGCCUUGCUGGUCAGCUGGGAAUCCUACAUGGUGAUAUACAGAGAGCGCUCAUGACCAAUGUGAAGUUCAACCGUGUUACCAGUGAUGGAACUCGCCAUUUGCUGAAACAAUGGAGAAGAGGUGUGUCCAGGGAAGAUGAACGGAUUGAGCUUACGAAGGCACUGCACGCUGCCAAGUUGGUCAACCUUGCAGACCUGUAUCUCAGCGAAGGUGUAGCAGAAGAACAGAUCGAUUCGGAAUGUGCCAACGAAGACGACAAUGAUCAGCAACUCUCUAAUAGAGAUGACACCUCUCUAGAACAGGACCCGACCAAAAGACACACUGACAUCCAGGUACUUCAGGAAACUACAGCAAACAAUAACCACACUCCUCGAGAUAGUCAUACAGGAAACAUGGCUGCCAAAGCACAGGAGAACGUGACAGAUGGUAGUAGGAGUCAACAUCUUGACCAAUCGCCAGAGCACAGUACAGAGGACUUGGAUGAAUCUGAAGUGACUUCUGAAGAAGUUCAUCCUGGUGAUGAUAUGAACAACGUUAGUAGCAUUCAACCUUCUGAACAAUCGCCAAGCCAUGAAAUACAAGUCCUACCUGAAGACAUGUCUGAGAUUACCCCUCUGGUAUCUUAUGGUGGGAAACCCAACGAGGAAUCCACCACCUUGGAUACAAGCCAUGUAGGCGGAAUCAUAAGUAACGAAGAAGAUCUGAUUUCUCAACUCGUUCUUACUGAUACAUCCCCAGAGAAAAUAUUGCUCAUUUUCCUGGUAAAGAUAGUAAUGGAUGCUUCCCAGAAAGCAUUCAGUUUAUAAGGAAUCACCAGAUAAUCUUCAUCAUGUCAGGUUUACUUACAUUAUUUUAGCUUGCGACGUUUCAGGUCCACUCCGGGACCCUUCAUCAGGAUGACUAGUCUUUAGUGUCAAAUGAUUGUUGACCCAUGAACACGGUAACGUGGUCGAGGAACGUCGGCAUGGUCGGCCUGAUGAAGCGUCUGUAGACGUAAGACGUCGCAAGCAAAAAAAGUAAAUCAGUUGACUAUUUAAAAAUACAUUAUCUACUGCCUGCAUAUUUGAAAAGAGUCAUGAACAUAACCUUAAUGAUCAUUAAACCGAACCAUAUUGUAUCCAAACACCGCAUUUAUAAUUUCAACAUUUCAACAUUGUUAAUUUUUGUAAAUAUUACACGAAUUGCAUGCAGAGCGGGAUGUUUUUUAUGUACUUUUGAAUUUUCUUUUGGCAAGAUAUCUGGAUAUAGAAAUUCAAUCGAUUCUAGUAGUUCAAAAGUCACAUAUUAUAACCGGAGCAAUUUUAAUGUAUUGUUAUACUUUAAUCUGUCAAAAAGAUAUGAGGUUUGAUCAAUCCUAUAACAUUAUUUUUUAACAAUUUACUAUACUUUAAACAAAAAAUCUUAAUUUGAAGCAGUAGAAUCGAAUUAUGUCAAUUAGAAAGCUACAACACUCGUUGUUAUUUCUGUACCAACCGCCAUUUUAGAAUAGUAGUUAAAACAAGUGUCACUUUUUAUUUUAAGACAGUUUCUUGACAAUAUCUCAAAAAUAUCUCUAACUGUUUAUAAUGUUUUGAAUUACACAGAUUAUAAAAAAGACUUAGAUGUAGGCCAAUACGGUAGAACAUAUAUUAUUUGCUACGUGUUUUCCUAUGAUGCAUUCGGUGUUCAAGAUAAUAAUGUUCUUUGUAAUGUUUGUGAUUAUAAUUCUGAUUUUAUCCAUAUCAUCUUUUCAUAUGUCAUAUAUGUUAUCUUAUGUCAUUUUUCUUAGUACCGUUAUUGAUAUUCCGACCUUAUACAUAUUUCAACUGAAACGGAACAUUACACAGAUUACAUAGUAGACUUAGAUGUAGACAUGGUAGAUAUAGGCCAAUACGGUAGAACAUAAUUAUAACCAGUUGGCUUAUUAGCAGAAACUCAUUGGGCUGUACAUAGAUGUGGUCACACACUGGGAAUGCAAUUAUUAACUAUGAAAGGAACUUCCUUAAUUACUUGAUAUGUUAAUAACAUAAACGGAAUAGAUGAACAUUUAUUACUUUAGCAUUCUUCUCAUUACUUUCUUAGCAUUUAACGUAAAACAAAAAUAAUCGCAUGUACAGUAUGAAGACGUAUCUGCGGGCAAAAUGCCAUCUUGGCUUGGUUGGCUUACCAAAUCAAGCAACUCUUGAUUUCUGUGUAUCCUCGAAUUGCAAAUGUAUGUUUUGCGCUUAUGUAUUUUGAAUUAAUUGUAGG